AGACCUGUUGCUGCUUCUUGAGUUUCUGUAAAAAUCCAUCUGACUAAAGUUUUCAGCCGAGGAGAGAGGGGUCCCGGACGGGGGGUGAGGCCCUUCCACCCUCCUCCUCCUCUCGUCCCCGGCCGCGGGAAGUCACUCUCCAUGAUGCAGGCUCGCUACUCGGUUUCGGACCCAAACGCUUUGGGAGUGGUGCCGUAUUUAAGCGAGCAGAACUACUACCGGACGGCGGGGACGUACGGCAGCAUGGGCAACCCCAUGAGCGUCUACUCAGGCCACGCCGAGCAGUACGCGGCGGGCAUGGGGCGCUCCUACGGCCCCUACCACCCCCACCAGCCCGCCGCCCCCAAGGACCUGGUGAAGCCACCUUACAGCUACAUCGCUCUCAUCACCAUGGCCAUCCAGAACGCCCCCGACAAGAAGAUCACGCUCAAUGGGAUUUACCAGUUCAUCAUGGACCGCUUCCCUUUCUACCGAGAGAACAAGCAGGGCUGGCAGAACAGCAUCCGACACAACCUCUCCCUCAACGAGUGCUUCGUCAAGGUGCCCCGCGACGACAAGAAACCGGGCAAGGGCAGCUACUGGACCCUAGACCCCGACUCGUACAACAUGUUCGAGAACGGCAGCUUCCUCCGCCGCCGGAGACGGUUCAAGAAGAAGGACGUCUCCAAGGAGAAGGAGGAGGCCCGGGAACGGCUGCUGAAGGAGCAGUCCAAGCCCCCCGGGCUGUCCGGCGCCGAUCUCCCGAAGGAAGCCUCUUCCUCGUCUUCCUCUUCCUCCACCUCGGCGCCGGCCUCCGAGAAGAAGGUGGUGAUCAAAAGCGAGACGGCAUCUCCCGAGCUGCCGGUGAUCACUAAGGUGGAGACGCUGAGCCCGGCCAGCGGCGGGGCACUGCGGGACAGUCCCCGCAGCGCCGGCUCGCCCCCCGCCGCCGCCGCCUCCCCCGCCGCCUCCCUGCCCGAGCAUCACCCCGCCGGCAACGGGCUACCGGGCUUCAGCGUGGAGAGCAUCAUGACCCUCCGGACUUCCCCCGCGGGGGAUCUCAGCCCGGUGAGUGCCGCCUCGGGCAGGACGGGCGCCGGUAUGCCGCUGGGCUACCCAGCGGGGCAACCGUCGGGCUACAGCGCGGCGUGCAGCCAGGCCCUGGACACUAGUGGGAGCUACCACUGCAGCAUGCGGGCCAUGAGCCUGUACAGCGGCGAGAGGCCGGCCCACAUGUGCGUGCCCCCCGCCUCGCUGGAGGAGGGUCUGCCCGAGCAUCCCACCGGCGCCCCGUCGCCCCUCGGUACCCUCAGCUUGCCCUCGGGGCAGGAAGGGGCUCUGGGGGCCGGGCAUCCCCACGGCAGCGGCGCGGCGGCGGGGGGAGGCGGGCAGCCCACCGCCGCCUCUUGGUACCUCAACCACGGGGCUGAGCUGAGCCACCUGCCCGGGCACACUUUUGGCUCUCAGCAGCAGACUUUUCCCAACGUGCGGGAUAUGUUCACCUCGCACCGGCUGGGGAUGGAGAGUCCCUCGCUCGGCGACCACCAGGUGAGCGGCAACUCCGCCUGUCAGAUCCCCUACAGAUCCGCGCCCUCCCUCUACCGCCACGCCGCCCCCUACUCCUACGACUGCACUAAGUACUGAGGAGCCCCCGCUCCCUCUGCCAACCACACAAAAAAUUGCCAGAAAAAAAGAAUUAAUAAUAAUUAUUAUUACUAAAAAAAGAUCAGGAGAAAUAAAACCACACCAAAGGCUUCAGACGCAGGGAGGGGGCAAAAAAAUAAACCAAAGAAAAAUCUGACAGCUUCCCUGAGAGCCAUAGUUUGUAAAUCCCCAGCCCCGUUUCAGACCUCCUUAAAUUCCAGGCGAGUAACUUGAAAAGGGGAU